AUGUGUAUAGUGGUCAUCCAACUACAUGUACUCUGCCGCUCGGCAUUGACAUCUUUUGCAAACGCUUCGGAGGUCCGCGAUGAGCAUGGUGGCUAUAUGAGUGGCAGGGAGGAAGCUGUCAUUUGGCGGAAGCCGACCACAUGUACUCUACCGCCCGGCAUUGACAUCUUCUGCAAACGCUCCGGAGGUGACCGCUGGGUAUGCCCGGCGCUGAGAGGUGAAAGGAGAAGGCCUUCCGCUUCCGAUGUUUCACGAUCGACUUGUCCGUGUCCUGCCAUAGUGGCCCAAAUCAAGAAUGCACGUCCACUAUCCAAACGCAGCUCCUCUCUCCCGCGAUCUGGUCCGAUUGUGUCGCACAUUCGGCAUAGUGUUCCCAGCGACGCCAGCAACAUCUUCGGCGAUUUGUGCGGUCUCGAUUGCGCGCGGUAUGCUGCAGAUGCAACAGCUCAAGGCCGAUCGGGUCACGAUUGGUUGCCAGUCACCGCUCCCGCUUCGAAGGCGGCGCUGCGCAUACAGUGUCCGCGAUCAGCGUUUGCACCGGAUGCGCUUCUGAAGCAGAGCGGUGGGAGGGUAAGGCGGGCGGGGAGGCAUGGAGAGGCUGCAGGUCUUGUCAUGAGCUGCGAGCUGGAUGCCCCAAUGAGCCCAAGCUACGGACUUGUCCCCGACUCCGAGCCUUGUGCGGCAGGGCAUGGUUGGUCGAUCAAGGCUUUCCAAGCAAUCACCACAUCUUAUGCACACUCUGAAGUCGUCAUGCCAGCCCACGACUUCCAACGACUCGGCGAUCUGGCAGACCACUAUGAAAAAGCUAUGAACUUCAUCUCGGCCUGGGUUGAUCAUGCUAUGGAGCAAUGUAUGCUACAAGUUAUGCUUCACAAACGGCGUGAUGCGGGCGUGAUAGAUGAACUUGAUGGCUGUUUGUUCUACAUCAGAAAUGGCCAUCUGCGUGGGCUGCUCUGGAGGAGUUUUCUUUCGCCAGAUGACUCUUACACUUCUGCCGUUGCUCCACAAGUCUUCGAGAAUUUCUGUUUCCUUGGAGAUUCCACUUCCGCUUACGCUUUUCCGUGUCGCCAUGCAACUGCCACACUAUCAUUGACUGAACCCCUCUGCCAAACGGUCCAAGUGCUUGUCAAAUGGGGUGUUGCGUUGGAUCGUCAUGAUUCGAUGGCCCAAAGGCAGAAGAGUAGUCGUGCGAUGGAAGGCAGGCUUGUACGAGCGUCUACGCUGCUGAGGUCCCUAACGACUGUCGCUUGGUUCCAGGAAGCUCAGUCGCACCAGAAAGACUCAACUCAGACAUAUGUCCAUGGUCUGAGGACGCACACGUCGCAUCAAGCAGCCAAUGUCAAGAAACUGCCCCAGCAGCUUGAGCAACCACCUCUCUGGCAACAGGUCGUCGUGGUGAGCCCGGGAUGGCUUUGCGAAAUUCUCGGGAUAUAUGCUCACAAGAGAGAAUUGAAACAUCCUUCAGCAGGUGGUCGUGGUGAGCCCGCGAUGGUUUUGCGAAAUGUCCAAGAUACAUUCUCACUAGUGCGAAUUGACGUGCCAUCCAGCAGGUGGUCAUACAUUCUCACCACAGGUGGUCGUGGUGAGCCCGCGAUGGUUUUGCGAAAUGUCCAAGAUACAUUCUCACUAGUGGUCGUGGUGAGCCCGCGAUGGCUUUGCGAGAUUCCCAAGAUACUCUGUGAUCUCAUACGCUUUCGUGCUUCUUUGCUCCGGUCUGGUAGUGUAUGA